UCGUCUAUUUCUGAUUGCUCUCUAUCAAAAUACUGUUUUGUGCUCCCUUCAAACCCCUUUCUCUGCAAGCCAAACAACCCCUUUCUCUGCAAGCCAAACAACAAAUCCCACCCUCACAAAAAUCCUUCCUUCUCUUUCUCUCUCGACAAUCCCUCCCUCGAUUCUUGCUUUUCUGCGAUCCUGUCCCCUCCUCUCUCCCUCGAAUGCCCUUCCAUUCCCGCUUUAUUGCCCUUUUCUCCAUUGCACCAUGAGCUGUACGAUUGAAUUCCUAAUUCAGUCAUACUCUCAGAGCCUUUCUUUGCUCAAUCCUGCUAGAAUUUCUGAAAAGUGCGAGAAUACUAAAUGAUGCUGAAUCUUGCUUGCCAAUGAUCCGCCAGCUUUUAACCAAACCUUUUGUUCAUGGCUCUUGUCCUAUUGCUAGACACUGAGAAAUCAAGGUGAUUUUGUUGCCGCAUCUAGCAAGAGUUUGAAACAUUUGACGACCUGAUUCCAGGUUCUCCUAUACUCAGGAAAUCAAGGUGAUUUUGUUGCCACAUUUAGCUCUUCUCCUAUUGCUAGACUCUGGGAAAUCAAGAUGAUUUUGUUGCCGCAUCUAACAAGAGUUUUGAAACGUUUGAUGACCUGAUUCCAGGUUCUCCUCAAAUUGCUAUACUCAGGAAUUCAAGGUGAUUUUGUUGCUACAUCUAGCAACAGUUUGAAAUAUUUGACGAUACAAGCAACUCUUUAUUUGUUCUAGGAGUUCUUGAUGGAGCUCAAGGUUUCAUCACUAAAGUCAGGAGGUCUUUCUCCUCCUGAUUGCUCUAGUGAUCCUGAGGAGAAGGAAGUCAGUGAUGAGGAUGAUGAUGAUCGCAAUCAUAAACAUCGAAGAAGAGAGACACGUUCUCAAUCUUUGGAGAGAGGUUCACUGGAACCUGUUUUUACAAGGUCAUACAGGAAGCACUACAAACCAUUUGAAAAUGGGCAUCCUUUCAGGGAGAAUGAAUCUCAAGGGAGUGAAACCUGGAAAAACUAUAACGCUGUUCCUCUGGAUAAAGACUUCACCUCAAAAUUUGAAAAGAGACGGCCUGGAAUGGCAUCAUUACCCCGAGUGGGUAUGGAUUUGAAUCAAAGAAUAAGGUCAAACCAAACAUUUUCCGGAGAGCAUGGUCCUGGUAGAGGAAGAGGAAGGGACCCUGGUGCUUGGAACCAGCGUGAUUCUAGGUUCAGCUCAGUUGAUAUUGCUUCUCAAAUGGUUCAGCAAGGAUCCAUUACACCUGGUCUCUUUGCAGGAAGGGGAUUGCCAAAUGUUCCAAAUGCACAAAAUGCAUCCUGGAAUGCAUUUGGAUUGUUUCCAGGAAUUCCCAAUGGUGGCCUUGAUGCACUCCAUUCCAUUGGUUUGCAAGGAGCACCCAGACCGGCAGUAAAUUCUUCAUUGAACAUGGGCAUUCCCCGCCAGCGGUGCAGAGACUUUGAGGAGCGUGGAUUUUGUCUAAGAGGGGACAUGUGUCCAAUGGAGCAUGGUGUCAAUCGUAUUGUUGUCGAAGAUGUUCAGAGCCUUUCACAGUUCAAUCUCCCUGUUUCACUUGCAAAUGCACCACUAGUGGGAACACCUGCUGGACCUGGGGCUUUGCUAUCGGUUGGUGCUCCUUCAGCCACAUUGAUGAAUAGCAAAGGACUACACAGCAGAAAUAGCAAGCCUGGAAUGGUUGAUGAUGGUAUGGGCUUGAAUGGUGGAUAUUCUGGCUCUGCUAGUGUGAGUGGAGCAGACUUGUAUGAUCCAGACCAACCACUGUGGAAUAACAACGGUCCUGAAACAUCAAGUGCACUCUUAGCACUAAAUUCAUCCAAAAAUGAUGAAAAUGAAUCCUUCAUGAGUGUUGAUCCUUCUGACCGUCAUAAUGUCAGGUUGCGUGAUACUACUGACAAUGAAUGUUCAAUUAGAAGCACUGGGAUCCCUGUUGGUUCACAGAGUACAGGUUCAUCCGUUUGGGGUAGAGUUGGUAGUGUGAAGAAUAGAUUAGAUAUAAAAGAGAAAACGGAUUUGAUUGUGAGUACCUCAGAUCAUGGGAAUAAUGAAGCAAAAGAAGAUCAUGAAGCAUUAGCCAAUAUUCAAGGUACUACUCGUCAAGGAAAGCGAAUGAUUACUGACGAUGUUGGCCCCAGAACUAUUGAUUCAGCAGCCAGGAUACAGAGUGAUACCAUGCGUAAUAUAAGGAAAUCUUCUCAAAAGGCACUACGUACGCUAUUUGUCAGUGGCAUUCCACAAAAAAACAACAAGAGGGAUGCUCUUCUUUCUCAUUUUCAAAAAUUUGGGGAGGUUGUUGACAUUUAUAUCCCAUUGAAUAGCGAACGAGCUUUUGUUCAGUUCUCAAAAAGGGAAGAGGCAGAAGCUGCUUUAAGAGCACCUGAUGCUGUAAUGGGCAAUCGCUUUAUCAAACUAUGGUGGGCUAAUCGUGACAGCAUACCUGAUGAUGGCAUGAACAGUAGCAGUGGUGUAUCUGUAACUCCCUGUGGUGUGCCAGCUGGUUCAGUUCCACCCCAACCUUUAAUUGGUAAUAGAGGAAAAGAUAAUCUUCAGUCUGCUGCUUCUAAGGGUACUAUGGUCCCCCCAUCUGAUGUGUCUCUUCCUCCUACUGAUCAUCCUAAGCCUAUUAUAAAUGGUCCCAAGGCUCCACCUCCUGUGCAGAAGAAGCUAGAGCUGGAACAAUUGAGGGAUGAGCUCCGCAAGAAGCAGGAGUUGCUGGACCAGAAGCGAAAUGACUUCCGGCGCCAAUUGGACAAACUCGAGAAACAAGCUACAGGAGUUAAAGGUGAGGUAGUGGCUGAGCCUACUUCUAAGAGACAGAGAGUAGGAAUAGCAACUGAUGUUGCAAAAGCUACUACUCCAAGGUCCUUUGACCCUAUUGCUGGUGUGUCAUCUCCACGUACUGAGAUGAUGGUGGAUAAGAAUAAAUCCGUGGAAAACCUCAUAUCAUCCAGUCCCAAAACAAGCAUGUCAUUUUUGCAGCAUGAACCUACAGGCUCAAAGCAGCCAAUUCAUCCAGUGGCACCUGCAGGGGCAGUCUUUGUGAUGAACAGAUAUAAGUUGGAUAACCGGCCCACAGCUUUUAAAAUAGUUCCUCCAUUACCACCUGGUUUGGCAAAUGUUGAUGCCUUGAAGGAAUUCUUCUCAUCAUAUGGCGAUCUUGCUGCUGUUGAACUAGAAGAUGUUGAUGCUGGUGGGUCAGAGGCGACAAAAAAUUGCUCAGCCCGCUUGACUUUCACAACUCGCCGUUCAGCUGAGUGGGCGUUUUUAAAUGGCAGUUGUUGGCAAGGCAACAACUUGAAGUUUACAUGGGUGACAUCUAGUACCUCUGGCAGUGACCUUUCAGUCAGAGAAAAUAUUCCUUCUGCCUCCAAGUGUCCUGGACAUAGUGAUGUGCAGCCCACUGAAUUAUUAGCAAGCACUGGUUCUCAGGAAGCUUCUGCAUCUGAAAAUGGGGAACCUGAAACUUCAGAAAGAAUUAGUAGUGCUGACCAUAUGGAGUUGCAUGAAGCUUCCGAGCCAUGUCCAACUUCAAUGCAUGGUGAGGACUCAACUAAAUGCGAGGAUAGUGCAACAUCGAUGCGCAGCAAAGGAGAGUGGCAAAAAAGAGAGCUCAGUCCAACUACAACAUCUGGAGAGAAUGAGUCGCAUAAGGGCGAUACCUGUUGAUGAUAAAGUAAUUGUUGGACUUGUACAGUGAGGUAAGAUGUUAAAUCUUUUGAACUUGAGUUAUCGUGAGCCCCCAAUUUGAAAUUCCUGAAAUUUGAUUUGCAUUAGUGUUUCUGUUUCAUGUAUAAUUUUGUGAUUUUGGGCUGCCAUGCCACCUCCAAUGAUGGUUGGUUAGUUUAAUGGCAAAAUAUGUCCUCUUUCAGCUUAUUAUUAGAUGCUUAGGCAUAGGAGUAGAGGAUUAAAGUUGAAAGUAAUUGAGUUACACCUCCGCAGAUUUGUUCCAUAAAUAUUAAAUACAUUUGUCUCUUUUAA